AUGGUAACGGAAAAGAGCAAACGUACAUUCUGCGUGAUAGGAGCCGGUACGGCAGGGCUUUGUGCUGCCCGGCACGCAUUACAAGCCGGCGGAGAGGUCAUGGUGUUCGAGAUGGGCAAGCAGCUCGGCGGAACGUGGGUGUUCAACGAGGCGACAGGCAAGAACGAGUACGGCAUCGAUGUGCACUCGAGCAUGUACAAGGGUCUGAAGACGAACUUGCCGAAGGAGAUCAUGGGCUUCCCGGACUUCCCGAUUCCGGAGCAGGACAGCUCGUACAUCCCGGCGGAGGAUAUGCUGAACUUUUUCCAGCAGUUUGCCGAAGCGUUCGGCAUCAUGGAGCACAUCCGGUUCAGCCAUUAUGUGGUGCGCGUGAAGCCAACUAUCGACGACAAGGCGUGGGAAGUGAUCGUGCGUGACUGCCCGAACGAUAAACUGCUGACGUACACCUUCGACUACGUGUUGGUGUGCAAUGGCCACUACCAUACACCGAACUUGCCCAAAUAUCCUGGUGCGGACGUGUACCGUGGCAAACAGAUGCACAGCCACGACUACCGCAGUAAUGAACCGUUUGAAGGAGAAACUGUGCUCGUUAUUGGAGCGGGACCUUCGGGGAUGGACAUGGCGUACGAGAUCUCCAAGAAAGCGAUCCGUGUAACGCUAAGCCAUCACUUGAAGGAUAAGCCGCAAACGGUGUUCCCGAGCAAUGUCACGCUGAAGCAGGACGUAGCGCGUCUCACCGAGACGGGUGUCCUAUACGAAGAUGGCACCAGUGAAGAUUUCAGCGUAAUCUGCUACAGCACUGGUUACAAAUACACGUUCCCGUUUCUGAGUGUCGACUGCGGCAUAACGGUCGAGGAUAAUUACGUGCAGCCGCUGUAUAAACAUUGCAUCAACAUCCGAAACCCAUCGAUGGCGUUCAUCGGACUUCCGUUUUACGUCUGUGCGGCGCAGAUGAUGGACCUGCAGGCACGGUUCUGCAUCAAGUUCUUCAGUGGUGGAAAGGCGCUGCCGACGCAGGAGGAAAUGAGCGCGGACACGGCCAUGGAGAUGGAGGAACGCUGGAAGCGUGGCCUGAAGAAGCGGCAAGCCCAUAUGAUGGGCCCGGUUGAGGAUAACUACUACGAUGAUCUGGCGCGGACGGCCGAAAUUGAACCGAUCAAACCGGUCAUCAAGAAGCUACACAAGGUCAGUGCGAUGCGCUUCUCGGAGGAUCUAGUGAAUUUCCGCAACGAUAAGUUCCGGAUCGUGGACGAUGAGACCUUCGUGAAAGUGAACUAGGUGCACUUUUCCGGGGGUUGUCUAAUGAGCGAAUAUGUAAAGCCCUUGGGAGAAGGAUGGGAAUGUGAUUUUUGAUUUAAAUUAAGUAAGAUAUCGAUGCAAACUAUG